AUGUACAGGAAGAGGAGACUUUGGGCAGCUUCAUAUCUUUCCGAUGGUUUUUUCCUUGGUAUGCGAAGUAACCAGAGGAGUGAAAGCCUCAACUCCUGCCUUCACCUUCACCUGGACUACAGUAUGACAAUUGUUGAUUUGAUGGUGCAUUAUGAGAACUGUAUAGUUCGCCUGCGUAAGAACGAGGCGUAUGAUGACUGCGAGGCAUUCCAGAAGGAACCACCGUCGGUUACUGAAUAUAAGGCCCUUGAGGAGCAUGCCGCCAAAGUAUUCACACCUGCUAAUUUCUACAUCCUCCAAGAUGAUUUGCAUAAGAUGGGUCAGCUGGAGAUAUUUGAGACGCUCGUGGGAAUUGGGCGUCAGACAUUCAUGGUGACAUGGAAGGAUAACCACAAGUUCAGGUAUACAAUGUUGUUUAUGAACCAGCGGAAGAGUGAUAUGUUUGGAUGGGGUUGGUCAGGGCCAUUGGAGAGAGAACGGUAUAGUGCAAUAACCAUUAAAACCGCAGAAGCUGCUCAUGUUGCAGCAAAUGAUCCCUUCUUGUUCGACGAGUUGAUGAAGUGUCUGGACAACAUAAUAGCGCAGAAAAAGAUUUCAGAGGAGGAACUUACAGGAAGUAGAAGGUAUGCUAUGCUUAAGAAGGAGGCAAGUCAGGCACAACAAGUUGAGCCUGGUAUUGGUGAUCCUCAGAAAGUUUCGACGAAGGGUGCACCUAAGAAGGGGCGGUCGAAGGGUGGCCCCGACGUUACAAAGAAUGGUAGGCCAAAAGAUUUUACAGAGAAGAAAAGUGGUCCUUUGUGCAGUCUAUGUAGUCUCUCAGGACAUAACAAGGCUACAUGUAGACAUAACAAGGCUACAUGUAGUCUGAACGAGAAGUGA